AUGGCGCUGAAACAUCAUCCCGAUAAGAAUCCUGAUAACGUUAACGAGGCAACACAGAAAUUUAAUGAGAUCAAGUCAGCCUACGAGGUGUUGAGUGAUCCGCACGAAAGAUCGUGGUACGAUUCGCAUAGGACUCAGAUUUUGUCAGAGAUGGACAAUGCCGAUGUUGGGUUUCCUCAGGCUGCCGAAUUUGAGUAUGCUGGUACUACUUCUCAAGACAUUAUGAAAUAUUUUAACCCUGCAUUAUACUCGGAUUUUUCCAAGGCAUACGGAAUGAUCAACGGAUUGUACUCUAAGCUUGCAGCUGAAGAGAAGUUGGACAGUGCUCCGCAGUUUGGCGGAAGUUCUGCGUCUUAUGAACAUGUCGUCAGGCUGUUCUACCAACAUUGGGCAAACUUCCAAACCAGUAAAUCAUUUUCAUGGGUGGACGAGUACAAGUACUCCUCGACAUACGAUAGAAAAACUAGAAGAGCGAUAGAAAAAGAGAACAAAAAGUACAGAGACCAGGCUAGAAAGGAGUAUAAUGAAAGUAUUCGCAAUCUCACAAGAUUCAUAAAACGAAGGGAUCCUCGUGUCAAACCAGGAAUCGCCAAAUAUGAAGCUGAGCAAAAGAAGAAGCGAAACGAUACGUUGAGGAAGCAGUAUGUCCAGAAUAGGAACAACGAGAACUCUGAGUAUAUUGAGCAGGAUUGGGAGAAGCUGAAUAAUGAAGAACUGGCAGAGAUUGAACGGUUGCUGGAAAAGAUCCAUAACGAUCCCACUGAAGAGGAAGACGAAAAUGAGUUCAACGAGUUUGAAUGUGUUAUCUGUAACAAGAUAUUUAGGACAGAAAAUCAAUUCUUAACCCAUGAGUCUUCAAAGAAGCAUAAGAAGGCAUUGAAAGACCUUAAGUCGCAAAUGAGGGAAGAAGGCAUAGAACUGGGCAUCGACGAAGAGUCUUAUGUUGCCGUUGAACUAUCACCAGAGGAGUUUGUGACUGCUGAGGAGUCUUUGGAUUCACUUAGUGAACUGGACUUUAUCGAUGACAUGGACGAUAUGGAACUUGAGGAGCUGGAGAGAAAACUGGAUGAAGCAACUCUAAAGGAGAAUAGAGAAAAAGAGUCCCAAGAAAACUCUGAAAGACAAUCCCAAGAGAAGUCUCAAGAAGAGAAAGUUCUUAGUAGUGAUUCUGACCCCCAAUCUGAUUACGAAGCUCCGCAAGAACUCAAACCAGAACAGGAUAACCAGGCCAACCUCCAUGAGGACGUCACUCUACUAACGAAUGAUAAAGCCAACCCUCUAUGGGCUGGAUUAGACGAAGAUGACAGUGAUCUGGAUUGCAAUACUGCAACAGCUGCUACCAAUAAUACCUCCCCACCAUCCUUAGACCAAGCAAAUCCUCGUCUACCCAAUCCAUCUACAGAGAAUUGUGCGACUUGCUCCAUGGCUUUCCCAAGCAGAAACAAACUAUUCCAGCACAUCAGGGAUACUAAUCAUGUGGCCUCCCCCAACCAAGCCAAGAAGAAGAAUAAAUCUAAAAAGAAACGCUAG